GCAAACAUGGAUUUGUACGCUCCUCUCUUCGAGAAAACGCGAAUACCCCACCCCUCGCUCCAGAAACUAGCUGUUAUCUCCGUCUUCGACAAGUUCCGAUCUGCCCCGCCGUCCGAUGCCGGCCGAGAAGCCGUCGGCCGCUGCCUCCGCUCCGCCUCCCCCUCCGUCGUCGAUCAGUCCGCGCGCGAGCUGUGCCGCCUCGUCAAGGACGCGAAAUUGGAUGUCUCGACUGGCUUGUUGGAGUUGCAGUCCGCACUCGAAGAGUCCUCCAGUCCUGAAUUAUCUAGCGUAUUCGUCAGAGCCAUUGGAUUGCUUACCAGACUUGGUUUUCAGCAAAAUCCGAGCUCAUUCCGAUUUCAUUCGUCCGAGAUUCAUCCUUUUGUCAAGGUCCUUUGUUGUGGGACUGAAGUUCAAGGUGGACUUGUGAAACAAGUAAUUAUGUUCAUCAUGAAGUGCAAACACCUGGGAAUGGAGGCUGUCUGUGAUUUUUUGGGUACCUUCUUGAAUUAUUCCAUUAUAAAAGUUCCUAUUGCAAGUUACAGUUCAGCAUUUGUGAGGGAGUUGGUGUCCACAAUGGCGGCGUUCUGCUGCUCUUUUCCCCAAGAAGCCAUUCCCAUAAUGAAGAUGCUGACUCGAUGUCUUAGUUUUUUCCCAUGUAAGAAUGCUGAAGAGGUUUCAACUGUUUCAUGUAUCAUUGAAUCCUUGGUGGAUGCAUAUCAGGUAGUUUCGAAGCAGUUGGUUGGAAUGGGGCUGCUUGUUGAUGAAGUUCAGUCACGUGGGUUGGCAUUGCUAGAGGCAGUUGUAUUGCAAAAUAGGAAUUUCCGAUCUCGCUUGGGUGGGGUUGACAAAUUAUUAGAUGCUGCAAAGAAUAUAUUGGCUGUCCAGAAAGAGCUUGGCUUUGAUUGUUGCACUGAACUUUCCUUGGUGACAUUAUUUUUGUUCCAAGUUCUCACUCAGUCAGAUAUUGAACACGAACAAUAUUCUACACUUAAACUAGUUUUGUUUAUCCUAAGAUGGAAAUAUGAAAAUGAUUAUUUCAUCGGUGCUUCUGCUAGUGAAUCAAUUGAGGAGCUUUUAUUUAUCUUUCCUGUGCUUGCACUUGUUUCCUCUCCAUCUACAUCCAUCAAACAAACGGCUACUGAUUUACUUUUUAUUUUGGAAAAGAUUGCUACUAAUAUCCUGAUUGCACCCGAGGAAAAACAACUGGUCCGGGGGAAGCACCUGCUGGCUGUUACUCCUGGACACAUUGUUUUCAGGUUUCUAAGGAAUAUGUGGUUUGAGGAUCAAUUGUCAUCCCACUGUCUGUUUUAUGUGAAUCAUUUUUCUGAUGGUGACAUCGAUUCUGACGGAGAGCAUUCUGAACUGGAGAUAUGGACUUCCUGUGUGACAGAGUAUUGUUUGCGACUCUUUGGAAAGGGCAAAGCCACUCCAUCCACCUCUCCAUCUAAAGAAAUCUUUCCAGCAGAAAUACCUCUGAUACUUGGUGCAGUUUCUAGUGUCUUAUUCUUGCAUCACACGAGGAACUUCUCCAUUGAUCUGUUGGCUACUUGCAGUAGUAUUGAACCCAUGCUUGGUGUUCCUUUGUUGCUGUUAACUUUAUUCUACAAUCAUCUUAAGCUCUUGGGUUUGCUUCCAUCAGUUGCUUCACAUCCUGCAAUGAUACCACUGGUGUUUCAGAUUCUUCUGCCUAUGCUCCAGAUGGAGGUUGAUCAGUAUGUCAUCUACAAAAUUUUCUUGUACAUGUUCUAUCUUACUGUAGAUCAUUGCCGCACGAACAUGAUGCUCGAUAAACCACGAAGGAUUAGCCUAGUGGUAUUGGAGCCAUUGGUAGACAGAGAGUUCUAUAUUUUGCAGUAUAGUAGUCUAAUGAAUGUGAUAUUCUGCUUUGAUCCUCAGUGUCAUAAAGGCGGUUGCUAUACGCUUGGUUAUGGCAAGCUAACCUGCAUUGGUUACAGAUUGUGGCUUCUUCCGAACAUUAGAAAAAUUAUACCAGCAAUCUUGCAACCAAAUGGACUAGCACAGUACGAAGCCGAAAGUGAUACCUGUAUCAGCAUUGCAGUCUCUGUAGAAGAUGUCUGCAAAAGAAACCCUGAUAAGGGAGUGGAUAUUAUUUUGUCUGUUGCGGCUUGCAUAGAAAACAGCAAUCCUUGGGUGAAGUCUCUUGGAUUACGAAGUCUUGCUCAUCUUUGUGAAGCUGAUGCUAUUGAUUUUUAUACUGCCUGGGAAGUCAUUGCAACGCAUAUUCAGGAUUACCAUGGAAAUUCAAUUGUUGCUUAUGGGCUGUCUCUUCUUUUAAAAUGGGGUGCAAUGGAUGCUGAAGCAUAUCCAGAAGGAGCGGCAAAUGCUUUGAACAUAUUGUGGAGCAUUGGAACCCACCAAGAAGUUAGACAGAGUUCUUCUUGGAACAGAGCGCGAGAAGCUGCGUUCGUAGCUUUAUCGCAAUAUGAUGUGGUGCAUAUCCAGCGAAGCAUACCGGAUUUUAGCUCCAGGAACAUGGAAUUCCUCGUUUCUCAGUCGGAUCUUGAUUCGCUCCCAGCAUUCAGAGAAUUUGAAGUCAAAAUCAUAAAUCACGAGCACAUUACAAGAAGAAGAUUCGUAAAGCAGAAAAGGGUCUCCGGAUCCGGAAACAAGAUUGUUAAGUUGUUAGAUGUAGUGCCUGGUGUUAUUUUCAGUUCAGGAAGUAAGCAAAGUAUAAAAGAGUUCCCCGGUGCAGCUUUAUUUUGUUUUCCCACUCAUAGAGAUGUGAAGAACCAAGGACUGUCAAGAGAUGUUCAUGCUAAAUAUGAAGAUGCAGCUGUGGAAAUAGCAGCCUCUCUUCAGAUUUCAAGAAAUACUUUUCUUGCCCUUCUUUCUCUGCAAUCAUGGAAACCUUUCAUGCAAAGGUGGCUGAGGUCACGCGUGAUGGUACUUGAGGCAAAUGUCCAUGGCACCAUGUUAGAUAACACGUCAAAGGCUGCUAAUGAAAUCCUGAAGAUUCUAACAAGGUUAGCAGAUGCAGCAAUUCCUCGGUCUGCUGAAAAUAUCGCAUUAGCACUUGGAGCUUUUUGUGUGGUUCUACCUGCAUCUGCACACAUGGUCAAGUCGAUGGCUUCAAAGUUCUUGCUAGACUGGUUGUCUCAGUAUGCGCACGAAUACCGCCAAUGGUCGGCGGCGAUUUCUCUUGGGUUGAUAUCAAGUUGCCUGCAUUUGACUGAUCAUGAGCAGAAGUUUGAGAAUAUAAAUGCCCUUCUUGAGGUGGCGUCCAUUAGCAAGAGCACCCUUGUGAAAGGAGCUUGCGGGAUCGGAUUGGGUUUUUCAUGUCAGGGUCUUCUAAACAGAAUUGAUUUCGGGGCUAAAGCUCAACCGAAAAAAGAAACACAUGGGAUGCAUGAAACUGAACUAUUAAGAAAAAUUAUCAGGACUUUAGUUGCGAUGAUAUAUCAGUUAGGUGGGUCAUCAGAGAAUAUUCUGAAAAAGCUAAAUGACUAUAUACCUCUAGAAACAGAUUAUUUAUCUACUGAAUUUGAAGUUAUAAUUGAGGACAAUGAUCAUCUGGAGGAGGAUGCAUGGGCUAUUGCUGGACCCAUAAUCGGUUUAGGUAAUUCUCUUGGCGCGAUAUACAGAUUUGGGGCAUACGACGCAGUCCUUUAUUUGAAAGAUUUAGUUUUCUCGUGGAUUCCAGUUACAAGUACUUUAUCCUCAAAAACUGUCACGAGUGACGAAUGUGUCCAGAUGUCAUCUAUAGGAGCAUGCCUUGCUCUACCAACUAUAGUGUCUUUCUGCCUUAGGGUUGAAAUGAUUGAUGAUACUGAGUUAGGGCGUCUUAUGAGUGGCCUUAUGGAGCUCAUCUCUGGUUUGUUGUCAGUUAAACAAUCUGAUACCUUCCACCAGAGUUUGUUAGUGGCGGCUUGUGCUGGAGCUGGAAGCCUCCUUUCUAUUGUUUUGAAUGCGGGAUUGAACUUUCUAAAAGCCGAGGAUGUUAAAGGAUUGCUGGAAUUGUUUAGAAAAACUUACUUGAGUCCUCACGUGCUGUUUGUUCAUCUAGGAGGAAUGGUUGGUGUUAUAAAUGCUAUGGGCGCUGGAGCAGGGACGCUGUUAUUAUCUGAUGACUUGGGUUCUUUACUUCCAAAUCAUGCCCCAGAGACGGAGUUAACAUCACUGAUUCAAGAGAUAUUUCUGAUUGCACAAAAUCCUGACGAUCCUCAGUCACAGCAGCAUGCGGCAUGGGCUAUUUCAUUUCUUAGGCAUUCUAUCUUCUCUAGAGACCGUUCAAGUGAGGUGAGUGCAGCACAUGGUGACUCUGGUGUCCUCAAGUCUGCCUCUCACGGAUUUGCGGAAGAUAGUUUGGUUAUGAAACUCUCUAUGUGGCUCACACAGAUGAACUAUUCCGAGCUGGGUGGCAGUAUAAAUACUAGAACCGUCGCCUUAGCUUUGCGAUGUCUAUCAUAUGCUCCAAGAUUGCCAUCGUUGGAUUGGGGAGCAAUCGUCAGACGGUGCAUGAAAUACAGCGGUCAAAUUGUUGAAACCCCUUCGCAGGACACAGCCCUCAGAAAAGGAACCACCAUAAGGGAGGAUUGCUUUCUGUUCUUGUUGUCUCAUGCAAACCAAUCCGACUCACUUCUCGGCAUCCUUGACGAGCUGUAUGAUCUGGCGAGGCUCAAGACGCUCGAGCCAAACCUGCAAUCGCUUAUGCUAUUGCACCUGGCCAGCCUGAUGAAGACCUUCUCCAAUUCCCGACUGUUGAAGCUUUUUGAUGACGUGGCAGAUUUCUUACACUGGUUUGUCUCCUCCAAUCGGUAUGAUCAUGGUGGACGAGCCUCAUUACGGGUUUCUUGCUGGAAGGGUUUGACGACUUUUUUGGAUGAGGCACAAGAUUACGCAAGUAAUGUGGAAAAUUGCAUGGAAAUUCUGUUUAAGAUGUUGCCAUGGUGCGAGUCCGGGGUUACUGUAGGUAACAAGGAUUCUAAACUGGAAUGGGCUGAAGCAAUUAAAUGCCUAGGGAAGGCUCGGCAAAGCUGGCUAUCAGAUUUACUGCUGAUUUCGGAUGCAAAUUUCAGAAAUGAAAACCAGAUCCAGAACACUCUGAAAAAGGUUCAAGCUAUAGCUUCACUAGUUCGGAUGGGUUCCUUACCCUUGUCAGAACUCGCAAAAUUGAAAGCAUACAUUCUAGACAUGAAUUCAGAAGUUAUCUGGAAUAUUCUGGUAGAACUCUCUGUAAUCUUGAAACAAAAGGAUCAAAGCGUGAGACAACAAUGGCUCGUUGACACAGCAGAGAUUCUGUGCGUGACAAGUUUCCCUUCAACGGCACUUUGGUUUCUGGGUCUCUUAUCCGGCAGCUCCUGCAAAUACAUGCCUAUGUUGUCUGCUGAUAAAUCAAGCGUGUUGAGUGACCUGCCCGUCACUUUAUCCUCUCUCCUGGUGGGCACUAGCUGGGAGAUGGUUGCAGAAAGUGUAGCAUUGUAUCUUUGGAGAUCAACGGAAAGGAUUUACUGGGCAAGACACGUCCAGCUUGGCAACUACUUUCUGGGUUCACAGCUUAUUGACAGGUCGGAGAACGAAUUUGCAGUUUUCAUCCUGCAAGUGUUGUAUCGGACUUGUGUUUCUUUGAAAGACUAUUUGCCUGUGGAUAAACAGCUGGGACUUGCUAAUAUGGUUGUCAAAGAAUUGUAACUCGUUAAAUUAUCAGACUUGUGUUUCUUUGAAGAGCGGUUUUAUGUACAAAAAUAAAUUAUUUUUUUUCUUGUAUUUAUGAUGAUGAACUCAAUUCAGUUUUUCAUAAUUUCACAUAAAUCGCAAUCACCAAUUUCCA